AUGACGAAGCCACGGUUGAUUAUUCUAGUUCGCCAUGCGCAGUCGGAGGGCAAUAAGAACCGCGAGAUCCACCAGUCCAUACCCGAUCACCGAGUAAAGCUCACGCCCGAUGGCUGGAACCAAGCCCACGAAGCUGGCCGCCGCCUGCGCAACCUCCUCCGUCCCGACGACACGCUCCACUUCUUCACCUCGCCGUACCGCCGCACACGGGAGACCACCGAGGGCAUCCUGUCCACGUUGACGUCCGACGAGCCCGAGCCGUCGCCCUUCCGCCGCGCAAAUAUCAAGGUCUACGAGGAGCCCCGUCUACGAGAGCAGGACUUUGGCAACUUCCAGCCGUGUAGCGCUGAGAUGGAACGCAUGUGGCAGGAGAGGGCCGACUAUGGCCACUUUUUCUACCGCAUUCCCAACGGGGAGAGCGCCGCCGACGCCUACGACCGUGUGAGCGGCUUCAACGAGUCCCUCUGGCGGCAAUUCGGCGAGGACGACUUUGCCAGCGUUUGCGUAUUAGUAACGCACGGCCUCAUGUCGCGUGUCUUUCUCAUGAAGUGGUAUCACUUCACCGUCGAGUACUUUGAGGAUCUGCGCAACGUUGAUCAUUGCGAGUUCCUCAUCAUGCGUAAGCAGGAUAACGGCAAGUACCUCCUCGAGACCAAGCUGCGUACCUGGUCCGAGCUUCGCCGCGAGCGUGCCCUCACCAUCGCAAAGGACGGCGGCAGCGGCAGCAGCAACGGCAACGCCGCCGCUGCGGCCAAGGAUGAGGUCAAGCUCGAGCGCAACAAGACCUUUGUGGUGACGCGCCGCUGGGGCGGCUGCCCGGAUGGCUGCAACCACACGAGCCACUAUAAGAAGCGGCACGACCUCGAGGCACUGCGGCAGAGGGACAUUGAGCACAGCGCCCAGGGGAGCAACGGCAGCAGCAGCAACGCAGGCUUGACCAUUGCAACCCGGAGGCAACACCACCGCCAUCAACAACUCAUCAGCUCCGACGACGGUGACGAUGAGCAAAGCGAUUACCGCCCCGCGCCCACGGUCGAGGUCAUUGCCACGCGCACCCCCGACCCGGCCCUCUCCUCCCCCGACGGUACGCCCUCCUUCAUCACCGCCGAGGACCGCGCCCGAGGCCUCAAGUCUCCGCACCUGCACGUCGGACGCGACUUUGGCGGCACGUAUUCGGGUCACGCCUCGCUCGCCGGAAGCGAUAGCGACGCCUCCGAAGACGACACCCAGCGGCGGCACCGCCUCGCGACCAUCAAUGCGCGCUUCCGCUCACCCAACGGCACCGGUGCCGGCGGUGGAAGUAGGGCGGACGGCCGCCUCAGCGGCAAGAACAGCGAGGAGAUGAACUCUCGCGUAGGUGAGUUUGCGAACCGCCUCGGGGACGCGCCGGCGGGCACGGACGCGAACCACGUGGACGCAGAGGCAGACGACUCCGGGAUGGAAGACCUCGACCGUGCCGAGAAGGAGGAUCGGAGCAUCCAGGGGAGCGUCUACUGA